GAUUGUACCAAGCAUUCUGACAGAGAAAUACAUUGUUUGUAUUUCCUCACUUGGUAAUCGUGCCAACAGGUACCAUGUAUACCACUUUAUUAACAUUUUUAUGGUGUUCGACCUUCCUUGUUUUUGGCUCUGAUGGCAAUACAGAGAAUGACGAUGGCUGCUUUCUAGUUGGAGGCGUUUGCAAGCCAGCCACUAGCUGUGUUGGAACUACUCAAGCUGGAGUAUGUAGUGACAAUAACCAUACUUGUUGCAUUCCAAAUGAUGACCAAAAGUGUACAAAUCGAGGAGGGAUGUGUGAGGACGAUUGUUCUGUUCAGAAUAAAACAGAAGCAGAACCAGCAACUCUUUGCCUAAAUGGGAAAAAAUGUUGCGUUUUUGAAGUUGUUGAAAGGACAUGUCUCGACUGUAUUUGUCUGGUAGAAGGAUUUGAAUGUAACAUUCCAAAUCCCCUGUGUAAAGACGAUGGAGGUAGCGAUGCUUGUGGACCAUAUCAAAUUCACGAAGAUUAUUGGAUCGAUGCCACGCCAAGCCCAGGAGGAGGCAUGUCAAUCUCAAUCAGAAAGCCAGUUCUCUGUUAG